AGCGAACUUCGCUCGCAUAUCUUCCUUCUCCUAUGUUGCCCUCUUUCCUACAAUGGUCUAGCGGCUUUUCAACGCGGUGUCCACAUCAGCGUGGAUGCUUGGCAACGUCCUGCACCUUUAAACCAGGUUAGUUUUUGGGCCGAGCACAGUUCAUCACAUAACUGGAUGUGCUCGGCUGUUCUCCUCGGCGCAGGCGACAACGGACAACACCACCAACAACCCUUUCCAUCAGCCCACUGUUGAGUGCAUGUGUUUCACGGGAACCCGCACGAACGUGACGACGAAACACUGUCGUCGCGUAUCCUCUCCGCGCUACACAAGCGGGGUGAGGAUGACGUCAUUUUUGCUCUCGUUUCUAAACCACCUCGGCGUUUGGACACACCAACGACAACGGAUAGUCAAAGCGAUGUCGUUGAGAAGGUAGUCACGAAGGAAACUUGGUGCACGUUUGUGCUACUGCUGCAUCAACACAUCUCGAGAACAGCGGCAUGCGCUGAUUCCUGCGGUAAGGCACCUCAGACCAAUGCCGAAGCCGCUGGAAGCUCUGCCGCUAUGCAGUGUCCCCGCUGCGAUGUCGGCGUGUACUGCAGUGAAACGUUCUUCGCGUGUUUGGCGGAGAGCGCGUGCCUCUUCCUUGGCCUGUCUUUUUGUCUUUUUCGCCCCGAUGACCCGCCGAUGCGCCUGGAGCGUCUGGAGCGGCGGCGACGGCCACGAUCUAAACUGUAUCUCCACGACAUUACGUUAAUGCUGCAGGCCGCCAUGAACAAGAAGGUUUUCGGUGCUGCCGCAGAAGGUAGUCUCACGCCGUCACCUCUCACGCCUCUUUCAGCUUCCUCCAGUGCUCUUGCGAUUCGGCAGGAUGUGAGCGACUCGUGCGUCGCGUACUACAUGUACACUUCGGGGUCCACCGGCGACCCAAAAUGUGUGGUGGCGUCGCGCGGAAACCUGCACGCGUACCUGCGCAACUUUAUUUACAGUCCCGACGGCCUCGCCGUUAUGCAGGGACGCCGGUGCCGCCUGUUCUGCCUGUCGUCGCCUUUUUUCGAUCCCUCGAUUGGCGACAUGCUGGCGACGCUGUGUACCCCGCAGUGCAUCUUCUACACGUGUCGUCAGGAGAGCCUACUGGGCGGGUGCGUGAGCGAGUUGAUGGCGGCGGUGCGACCCACGCAUGUGGUGAGCACUCCAGCUGUGUGGCGCAUCGUUUCCGUAGAGGCGUUCCGGCACUCAGAGAGCUGCCCAGAGGACCCGGAUGCGUCAGCGAUGAAAGUCUUUCUGGGAGGCGAGCGGAUGUCGCAGGAGCUGAUCUCCGCAUGGGCAGACAGGGUUGAGCUCUUCAACAUUUACGGGGUUACGGAGGUGACCAUUUACCAGUCCGUGCAGCGUGUGCGUGGCGGUGUGCGAGCAGCUGACUUGACGUGUGGUUCGGGUGCCGGCACGCGCAUCGAGAUUGACCGGAGCACUGUAGACCCAUUUGCCGAGGAAGGCAGCUUCGACAGGGGGAGCGGCGAAGGCUAUGGAGAAGUUGUGCUGUACGGUGACCAGGUGUGUUGCGGCUACGCCGAUGAAGCACUACAGGUUGUUGGUGAAGGCGAAGGGAGUGUCGCCCCUUCCCCGUUUGGCUACGACGAUGCCACAAAGACGCGCUUCUUUCGAACAGGGGAUGUUGGGGAACUACUUUCAAGCCCGGAUGGGGAGGAAAAGCCGCAGUUGGUGUUGCGGGGUCGCCGUGACUGGCAGAUCAAGCUGAACGGGCAGCGGGUGUCCAUAGAGGAAGUAGAAGGGGCGGUGCAGGGUGCCUUGGAGGGCCUUUUCACGCAGUGUGUAUGCUUCUGCAUAAAGGGCACGGAUGAAGUCAAAGAACCGCCCGUUCCCGUGAUUGGCGCCGCUGUUGUCUUUGUGGAUGCUCCUUCGGAGCAGCUUUUGUUGAGCCACACGCAAGGUGUCACGGCGGCGUUGCAGGAGGUGCUUGCCCUUCACUUGCCGUCUUUUAUGAUUCCUCGACGCUGGCUGCUGUACGUGCGAGGAUCGGCGCUGCCGCAAACCGCCACUGGCAAGGUGAACCGAAUCGAGUUAGCGAGUAUUGCACGGGGGCUCGUGCCGACAGGAGUCAACAUAAGCAAAACAAAAGAAGGCGGCGAGGCGGCUGAAGACCGGACCGCCGAACUGCACGACGUCUUGUACGCAACAGUGAGAUCCGUCUGGGGGCGUCACCUUGGCUUACCGGUUCACGCAAACACACACUACCUGCACGCUGGUGGGGACUCCCUUGGUGCGCUCAAGUUGACCCGCGCCAUUUACCUUUCCCUGCACGACAGCAGCGGCGGUAGCAGCGACGACGGUAUUGACGAGCACGGCGGGCUGCCAUCGCCGUUCCAGCCCUGUGUGGUGCUGCAGCAUCCUCGCUUUGGCGAUUACGUUGCGGUUCUGCGGCAGGAGCUGGAGAGCGGUUCCACUUCCAUUCCUGGUGUUGAAUUGCACAAGGAUCGUGCUGCGAGGCUCAGCGGUGCCUCGUCUGUGCAGCCAAUUCCCGCCUCCGCCCCUCCAAGCGCAGCGUCUCCAAUAAAUGAACUUUUUCGUGAGGUGGUGGCGGCGCAGUGCUGCGGGCUCGCGGAGUGCCUUCUGCGGUACGGUGUGGUCGAUGUGAACGGCGGCAACACGCGUGCGCAACGCUGUGCCACGCCGCUGCACAUCGCUGUCUCCAGCUGCGGCAACGAUGUUGCCGGGUUAGCAGCGGCGCUGCGGAUGGUGAAGCUGCUGUUAGACUUUGGGGCCAAACCCACCGCCGUCUCACCAGACGGCGUCACUCCGGCGCACUUGGCAGCUGCCGUGUCUGCCCCUCUCUUACGGUUGCUGCUCGACAACGCCCCGCCACUUCUUCACUGCCGCGACGGCCGUCAGCAGUCGUUGCUGCAUUUCGCUGCUCGGGGCGGCAACGUCGCGGCGGUGCAACUACUGCUCUCGACUUAUCGGCUGCGACUUGACACACGCGACAAGUGGCAGCGGACGCCGACGCACUGGGCCGUGUUGAAUGGGCACAUGGAUGUGCUGGAGGCCAUGAAUGCGCACUACACUGCUUCCACUUCUUCAUCGUUAGCCUCAUUACCAACAACGGCACCUGGCGAGACGGAAGCGGAUGCCAGCGGAGGAGGACUGAAGCGAGCUCGUCAACAGGGCUGCGGGACGGCGCGGUUUACGCGUCUUGCGCGCAAGAAGACGUACCUGGCGUAUGAGACACUGUGCUCGAUUGCCCAACGCACCCGUCCCGGCGACGAACACAUGAUGGAACUCUGCCGAGCACUCUCUGCCGCCGUGGGCGAAGAGCCUGCAUCACGGUGA